UCAAUUAUAUUAAUGAUGUUGUAUUGAUAAUAUUAAUAUCAGUCAUUUCGUCUACUAAGAUGCCGGUAUAUUUUUGCAUGGUUUUAAGAGAUGAAUUAGCGAAAAGUAUCGAACCAUUUAUCAAUGGUUAGGUCCGCUCAAAGGUCAGCAAUAAUUAUCGCGUUAAAAAUUCACCGCUGCGUGUAGCUGAGCUAGAAGACCACGUAUGCUACGUACGGCCACGUAGUGUUCGCCGCAGUGCCUGUCGAUACCGUUCACACAAGCGUCAUAACCUCUCGUACGAUCUUUUCUCGAGAUCGCAUUAUAAACUUUCGUGGGAGAAACCAUACUAGCAUCUUUCUAUCAUGUCGCUGGACGAGAGAUUUGAUAAUGCGGCCACGGCAGUAAAAGAACUGGCUUCGCAGCCAGCGGACGAGGAUUUGCUUGAAUUGUACGCGUUGUACAAGCAAGCCACUAUCGGCGAUUGUAACACAGAGAGGCCAGGUAUGCUCGACUUCAAAGGGAAAGCAAAAUGGGACGCUUGGAACGGUAAACAGGGCCUGGGACAAGAAACGGCGAAAGAGCAAUAUAUCGCAAAGGUGGAGGAGUUAAUUGCCUCACUUGGAAAGAAGUAGUUAGUUCAUCGUCAAAUGUGUGCGUAAAUAUUCGCGUGUGAUCUAGCUGGAUUGCUUACAAAUUUUUCAUUUUUCUCAGAAAGCACUGCACACGCACGCCUAAGAUUAUAUAUUGCGAAGGCGCUACAAUAUAAAAUUUUCUAUUGUUUAGCAGUUUACAGAGCAGCGUACAUUUGUAUAACUUACACUCUUUUUUUUUGCUCUUAUGAAUUUUGUAUCCAUUUUGUUACAGUCAUUAUAAAACCACUGGCAUAUA